GCUCAUCCGCCAUUUUCUCCCGUCAGUGGAUCAGUGCAGAACCGUCGAGUCGAGCUCGCGUCGACCCUCUCGAACCCUGUCAAACUUACGCCGGGCUUUAGAUAGUCAUGCCGGUCGAUCCACUGCGUGUCGCGGUCGUGUGCUCCAGCAACCAGAACCGCAGUAUGGAAGCGCACAACAUCCUGAGCAAGCGAGGGUUUGACGUGCGGUCCUUCGGCACAGGGACUCAUGUGAAACUGCCUGGACCGGCUCCGGACAAACCCAACAUUUAUGACUUUAAAACCACUUAUGAGCAGAUGUACAACGAUUUGGUCCGCAAAGACAAGGACCUAUACACACAGAAUGGCAUCCUACACAUGUUAGAACGCAACAAGCGCAUUAAAAUGCGACCGGAGAGGUUCCAGAGCUGCAAGGAUCAGUUUGACCUGGUCGUCACGUGUGAAGAGAGAGUUUAUGAUCAGGUGCUGGAGGAUCUGAACUCUCGUGAGCAGGAAACCUUUCAGCCGGUUCAUGUCAUAAACGUGGACAUUCAGGAUAAUCACGAAGAAGCCACGCUGGGAGCGUUUCUCAUCUGUGAGCUGUGCCAGUGUAUUCAACACACCGAUGAUAUGGAGAAUGAAAUCGAUGAACUUCUGCAGGAGUUUGAGGAGAAAAGCCACAGACCAUUCCUACACACCGUCUGUUUCUACUGACACACACACAAUCGGCCCCCUCGUACUGAACACACUCAGGCUUGUUGCCAUGGCAGCAGAGAACAGGCAUGACAGCCCCUCAUUUACAUGCACAGUCACGUGACACACACACACACACAUAUAUAAGCAGUCCGGGCAAGAGAUUCUCUCUCUGUCCUUCGGUUUACGGUCGACGUCUGUCUCUGCAUGCCGCCUGGAGAGAAACAUUGAGGGUUAAACAUUGAUCAUUGAUUUCUGCCACAUCACAGUGUGUGAUUGGUCUGUUAGGUGAACUGAAUGAACGAUUAGAGCAAAUGGUGUGGACGGUUCUAGGCUGAAAGUGACAUCUGAAUGUUGUUUAGUGUCAGAUUAGAGCUGAUCUGUGUUCAGUACAUGACAGCCGGUCUCAAGAAAACCCUUGAGUUCAGAGACCCCUCAGAUGUCCAGGGUUUGGUUGAUACCGGUCUGUGUUUGAAGAGUUUUGAACUCAUGAUGUUUAACUCUGGAUGUGAUCCUAGCUUUUGAUUUUCUCAUCAAUUUAUUUCAGUUAUUUAAACAUGAGACUUGAAACAUUGGUUUGUUUUUCUUUAAUUUUGUAAAUGAAAGGACGUUUCUUUAAUUGUACCUGAAGCAGCCCAGAGUGCCUGAUAUUAUUCUUGUAAAUAUUGCGCUAUAAGAGAGCGAAUGAGUGAAUGAAUAAAACUCAAGUCAAUGAA